AUGCACCUGGAUGAAAAGUGGGUGGCCAAGAGCAAGCAGUUUCGCCCGGCUCAUUGGGACAAACCGCACACAACCGUUUACGAUGUGCCCAAGCCCAGCCCCGCACACCUCGCCUUCCACGAAGACACAUUUGGGGUGAUCAUCCACUUCAACUACCUCACCUACCUGCCUCCUGGUAACCGUACCCCGGACGCAGUGCUCGAUGCCGCUCAGUUCUCACCUUCCUCAGAGAAGUUCACGGCCCAGUGGUUGUCCCUGGCGCGUGACGUGGGCGCAAAGUACGCCGUAUACGUUGCAGACCACUUCUCCGGGUUCUCCACGUGGCCUUCAGAAUUGAGCACCUUCACGGUGAAGCAUUCUCCAUGGCGGUUCGGCAUGGGCAAUGUUGUUGCGGACUUUCUUGAGAGCGCAGAAGAGCAUGGCAUUCGGCCGGGCGUGUUCUACUCUUUCCACAACAAUUGGCACCGCCACGUCGUCAACUUCAACGCCACAACCGUGGAUGUGCUGUUCCAACUGGCGCGCUUCAAGGAGCUGCUUGACGAGUUUGGCGACAACCCGGCGGCUCAAGUGUGGCUGGAUGACGGGCUUCAAGGCGAAUUGCUCAUCGAAGAGUUCAACAAGAUCAUCCAGACGUUGGAGAACUCCAACACGACAUGCCACCACUGCGGAUCCGCCAGCGCGGCACAUGCUGUGUCUUGGAUGGGCAAUGAACUCGCUCGCAUGCCAUAUCCAAACUGGAACAGCCAAAACCAGGACUGCAGCGACUUUGACGGAAACCACUACGGCUCGCCCGACGGCACGCGCUACUGUCCAAGCCACUGCGACGGCGUGUUGAAUCAGCAUUUCUGGUUCUGGGAGCCAUACACCUCAGACCGCCGCUACACGGUGCCGGAGCUGCUGGCAAACUACUUCACAUCUGUCGGCCGCGGUUGUAACUUCGUGCUCAACAUGGGCCCAGACACCACAGGCUUCCUUCCCAAACCAGACGUGGAGCGAUAUCUCGAGUUUGGACUUUGGCGCCGGCGCACGUUUGAAUCGCCGUUGAUUGAGAGCUACUUCAUGUUCUACACGGAUUCGAACAACAAGGAGCAUUUCGUGACAACGCUCACACCCAUGCAGACCAUUGGCAACCAUCGCUAUCAUUUGGCAUUGGAGGGCCUGCAGGACGCGCACCAGCUCACCAUUGCUUGUCGCUUCCUCCCCACCAAGAGCAAGGCCAGCGCGCGCGUGUCAUACGUGGCUGUGCACGACUGGUCUGACUGGCUGUUUGAUGACUUUGUGGCCGCUGUUCAGAAUGUGACCGCGACCAUGGGUGAAUAGUCUCCCAAUCAUUUAUGCAUGACACGAACAUGCAUGCAGUCAUGUUUGAUUGCAGACGCGCGUUAUGCUCCAUGCAAGGUUAAUCCCCCUCCACCAUACACAGACUUAUACAUGUGGCGUCAUAA